UCUUAAUCACGCAUGCUGGCCAUGGAUUCAUGCACUUGUCAACAGGUGGCAGUGCAAGAUAAUUGACACUUGUCUUCUGGUAAUGUGAAAAAAAAACGACAACUCAUUGCAAGACCAUGUCGACCAAAGUCGUCCUAUUAUCCACUCUUGUCAAGCGAUUGGAGAGAUACCAGGGCGAAAGUGCAGUCUUGUACGGCAUUAAAUCGGUAAAAACUGUAACGGCCGUGACGUUCCUCAACCAACAGAAGGUCGAUGAAAACUACGAAAAUAUACUGCCAGCUGGGCUAGAGAGAAUUGGAGCGUUUGGCCGUUGCCUAGACGAAAUUAACUCUGAUAACUAUAUAGCUUUGGUCCAAGAUGAAAAGUUAAAGUGCUUCAUUCAAGAUCAAGAUGACACUUUCAAGAAUGUUUCUUUCAAAACUAUUGAUGCUAUUGACCUAGCAACACUAAGAGUUGAAACCAAGAUCUCUGUUCAGCUUUCAUCCAAAGAAGACGAGACAGACAAAUUCCUUGAUAAACUUUUGGACAAGAUUAACUCAGAUGCAGCUUCAUUUGUGUUGGACAAAUCAAAAGUUGCACUCUUGUGUAGUGGGGAUAAGUCAGUACUGUAUGGAGCCCCACAAGAUGUCAACGUUGAAGAACUUACAACAUACAUGCAAGAUGAAGACGAAGAGGAAAAUAUCAAGACCAAGAAAAAAUCAGUUGACAAGGAUGUUGCACUGCUCUUCAAACUGUAUUGGUCAACUGUUUUGGAGGAUGCAUCUUCAGAUGUUCCACAGUGUGCACCACUAAUAUACCAUCAGAGAAGAAAUAGCCAUGUCCUGUGUCUCUCAUUUGAUACAAUCUCAGUGGUCCCCUGGUCAGAUCCAGCAGAGAACAUUGGACCAAUCCUUUGUAUGGCCAUCACCCGCCAACUGAAACUCAUGAUGGAAGAUUUAAAGGAACAACUUCGUCACACCUCAAUCCGCAAUAUUGAAAUACCCGAAAUAUUCCAUUUCUAUCCCGAAUCUUUGCAACAUUACGUUACAUUGGUGUACCACCCACAGAGGAGCGACCAAUCAUUAGAGGGUUAUCGUAAGGAUGUUCACCAAUGGUUUGAUUUACCAAUGGACCGUCCAAUUUUUAAACGCGGCAAUAAACAUUGGUUUGCCAGAGAUUAUGAAAAGAGUCGUCAGCUGAUCAACACGCACGUGGGCCUUAACCUGACUGGUAGCAAUGUCUCUUUGGUUCAAGGCAGAUAUGCCUACCAUCACUACAUGCAAGAUAAUUUCGAUGACAACGGCUGGGGUUGCGCCUACAGGUCGCUGCAGUCUAUUAUUUCUUGGUUUCGCCUUCAAGGAUACACCGAACGUACAGUUCCAACCCAUCAUGAAAUCCAACAAUGUUUGGUGGAUAUUGGAGACAAGCCCCCUAGUUUUGUCAAAUCCAGACAGUGGAUCGGUUCUAUGGAAGUAUCAUUUUGUCUUCAGACGCUUAUCGGUGUCGAAUCAACUAUUCUUAACGUAUCGAGUGGUGCGGAAAUGAGUUCUAAAGCACAGCAAAUAUCUGAGCAUUUCCGAAUGCACGGGACUCCCAUCAUGAUCGGCGGUGGCGUUUUGGCUCACACAAUUAUUGGAAUUGAUUUUAAUCAAGAUACGGGUGAUGCGCGAUUCCUUAUAUUAGAUCCCCAUUAUACUGGAGGUGAAGACUUGCGAGUUAUACAGAAUAAAGGCUGGUGUAACUGGAAACCUUCAAGCUUCUGGAAAGCGGAUUCCUUUUAUAACAUGUGCCUACCUCUCAGACCUACAUCUUUUUAGGGUGAAAAGCCAUGGAUAUUUAUCAACUUUUCCCCCUUGUCCGCGGGAAACGUCAAAUGUUAUUUGCAGAAUGAAGUUUUCAUAUUGGCUGGGUGCUGUUUUAUCUUUUAAUAAAUUCAUGAAGGUGGGGAAGUCUA